UUCUAGCCAAUCGCCGUCCAGGUUCACCUAGCAGUUGCGUGUCAUGGCGUCCUCCUUGAAGGGGGUUGGGUUCACUGCUUCAUUGUAGUGCGAUAUUUUACAUUCCCACGAUCAGCUGAGCGGCCUCAAUACGAUUAGGAUAUUAUUGCACUAGCAAUGGGGACUGUGCACGCACGGAGUAUGGAUUCUUACCCCAUGCAUGGGCGAGACUUGGGCGUUAACCCAGAUGAUUUGGAAGUGAUGGAGGCGGUGCAAGAAACGAAACAAGAGGUUUUAGAAAAUAAAAAUGUUGUUGUAGAGCACGUCAACAUUGAAGGGCUGGGCAGAACUAAAGAGGAUUACUUGGGCUAUGAAAUCUCUGAUGUCUUCACUGCCAGGAACCUGGUUGAAGUGAUGAGAAAAUCCCACGAGGCCAGACAGAGGUUGCUCCGUCUAGGCAUAUUCAAAGAAGUGGAGGUGGUGAUUGACAUUUCAGAAGGAGCAGACGCGCUGCCAAAUGGACUCGAUGUUACAUUUGAGGUGACUGAGCUUAAACGACUUACUGGCAGUUAUAAUACCAUGGUUGGAAACAAUGAAGGCAGUAUGGUCUUGGGCAUUAAACUUCCAAACAUGUUAGGCCGAGGAGAGAAGCUCACCUUUCAGUUUUCCUAUGGAACUAAGGAGACGUCAUACGGCCUGUCCUUCUUUAAACCACAGUUGGGAUUUUAUGAGCGCAACUUCGCUCUAAACCUGUACAAAGUCACAGGGCAGUUCCCGUGGAGCUCUCUAAAAGAGACGGACAGGGGGGUUUCUACAGAGCUCAAUUUCCCUCUGUGGAUGACGGAUCACACUCUGAAAUGGGAGGGCGUGUGGCGUGAACUGGGAUGUCUGGCCCGCAGCGCCUCCUUUGCUGUGAGAGAGGAGAGUGGCCACACUCUUAAAUCCGCCCUUUCUCACACCAUGGUAAUAGACACCAGAAACUCUGCCAUCUUGCCUCGAAGAGGUGCCUUACUGCGGAUCAGCCAGGAGCUGGCAGGAUACACCGGUGGAGAUGCCAGCUUUCUCAAAGAAGACGUUGAGCUGCAGCUUAACAAACCAUUUAUUUGGGGAUCGGUGUUAUCUGCAUCUUUAUGGGGAGGGAUGAUCUAUCCUCUUGGGGGUCAGCCUACCUCCAUUGCUGACAGGUUCUACCUGGGCGGCCCAACCAGUGUGAGAGGUUUUGGCAUGUACAGUAUAGGCCCUCAGAGUGAAGGUGAUUAUCUGGGUGGGGAAGCGUAUUGGGCUAGUGGGCUUCACCUGUAUACGCCCCUCCCCUUCCGCUCAAACAAACGCGGCCUGGCUGACCUCUUCAGAACACACUUCUUCCUUAAUGCUGGAAACCUUUGCAACCUCAACUACGGAGAGGGACCACACGCACAUCUGCAGAAGCUAGCAGAGUGUAUCCGAUGGUCUUACGGCGCAGGAAUAAUUCUACGACUGGGAAACAUUGCUAGGCUUGAACUCAAUUACUGCUUCCCCAUGGGUGUUCAGAGCGGAGACAGGAUAUGUGAUGGUGUGCAGUUUGGAGCAGGCAUCCGUUUCCUGUGAUCUCGUAAAACUGCCGUCCUACUGUUAAAACUGGCAUUUGUGGGAUAGCGAUUUUUGGAUUUUGAAAUGAGUGAUCCCUCCUGCAUGCACACUCUUGAGGAUGCACUUAGUUUUUGUACCUGCAAGACAAAAAAUACUUAGUUUUCCUGCAUACCUCUCUCUGUUUGAAUAAGAGUCCAGGGUUUAGUGAACGACAAUGAAAUCUUAUCCAGUCUGCAAGGAGACUGCAGGUGCUAAAAUAGUUAGGCUUUUACAGUUUUUUUCCAAUGAGGAGAGCUUUAGAGAUUAUUCAUGAUCAAGCUGAUAAACCAGAGAUUUAAUUCAAAUCAACACCUCCGUCCACUCAAUUAUGGGCUAUAAUAUAAGCUGUCCCUGCUAUUGCGAUGAAAUCCUUGGAUGAAUUAUGAGAAUGAAGAAUGGAUUAUUAAAUGAUGCAUUUAUCCUGUAGCCAUUUGACUUGAACAAAGCACCUUUUUUCCUUUUAAAUCUGAUUGUUUAAUGUUUCAGUCAGUUUUCUCCUCUAAUGCCAAACUAGGUAAAUAAAUUGAUUCAAACCGACCUCACUGAAUUAGAAGUGAGUCGAGUUUCUUCCAGCCAUAAGUCCCCUUUGUGAGAUCCACCAGCAGUGCUUUAUUAUUAGGACACUUUUUUAUUAUUGUCUGAACUUAAAAUGUAUGUUUAUUGUGCACAAAAAUAAACCUUUUGGUUCCCUGA